AUGACACGUGGAUUUCACGUGGUUAUUUCUAAUGUUUUUUUAACGAUACAAAAGACUAUGAAUUCGUUUUUUUUUUCGGUGAAUACUGCUCCAUUUAUGUUGCUGUUCUCCCUUGAUUGCCCGAGCAAGGGCAAGGCAAUAUAUGAACAUUUAUUCAGAUUCAUGACAAAUAACAAGAGAGACAACAAUUAUUAUUACACCCAAUUGAUCCAUCCGACUUCUCACGAUGAUCCAUCCGACUUCUCAUGGGGACAGCUCGUGUCGUUGUUGUCUUCGCAGUCAGAUGCUGAAUCUGUGUUGGGAGCAUUUGCGACGAUUCGCAGGAGAUUUGAAUAUGACACCAAAAUGUCAUGUCUUAUUGGACACUUCAUGCCCUGUGCUCGUAGGUUCGGAACACUGGGUCGAAUGAGUGAACAAUCAAUCGAAUCGUUUCACGCCCUUUUCAAUCGUCUUCAAGAUCGAUUCAAGACAGUGCGAAACGACAUGACUAGGUACACUCACUGUUUCCGAGUCCUAUUGUUUUUCAAUCAUGUUUUUAUGAAUUCGUAA